AAAAGGAUUAUUUUGUUCGAUGAUUCUCAAAUUUAAAUGGCUUACGUUAGGUGCACGCGUAGGAAGAAGCUCAGCGAAAUAUCUAGUUUUCGCUGAUGCGCUGCAAAAAGGUAUUUACAGCAAUCCGGUAUUAUAGUAUGACCUCAUCGAAAAAUUGUUUACCUGCCUCAUGAACUGGCUGCCGAUCUUCUGCGAUCACGGCGUCCCAGAAUUAUCAAAAUGAGUGAUACACCAACUUUUCGUAACCUUACAAGGGAAACAUAUGGACAACCAAAAGAGCAUCAGAACAAGCUUCUUGAAGAUGCGGUGCGCCCCCACAUAGAAUCAUUCAAUUACAUGCUAGACGAUGGACUAGCCCAAGCCGUGAGGAACAUUACCCCCUUGGAAUUUCUCUUGGACGAUGAAAGAAUCUCACUUUCAUAUGAGGAUGCAUCCGUCGGUGUACCCACAGUUGCCAGGGGAAACCUUUUUGCCUCCACUCUGAAAGUGUAUCCUUCUGAGAGCCGGCAGCGCGGGACAACAUACCAGGCUCCCCUGCAAGCGAGAGUGCACUGGCAGAGCGGCAAUGGAGAUAGCGGGAGCGUGAUGCGCCCUCUCGGACAGAUCCCACUCCUCGUUAAAUGUAAGAACUGCAACCUGUACAACCUAUCUCCGAGUGAGCUGGUCAAGAGGAAAGAGGAGAGCUGUGAGAUGGGAGGCUACUUCAUCGCUAACGGCAUCGAGAAGGUCAUCAGAAUGCUCGUCAUGCCUAGAAGAAACUUUCCCAUGGCCAUAAAUCGUUCAAAGUGGAAAACCAGAGGGAAAGGCUUCACAGAGUUUGGUGUCCAGAUGAGAUGUGUCCGCAAUGACCAGUCAAUAGUCACAAUCACCCUACAUUACCUUACCACGGGCAGCAUUGUAGUGAGCUUUGCAUACAACAAAGAGAUCUUCUUCCUUCCAUUACUCCUAGUUCUCAGGGCCCUUGUAGAUACCUCUGACCAGCAUGUUUAUGAUGAGCUUGUCAAAGGAAAAGAAAAAGACACUUUCUUAAUAGGUUGCGUUACCGGAAUGUUGCGUCAAACACAGACCCAGAAUCUGUCCAGUCAGGAGCAAGCCCUGGAACAUCUAGGAGAGCGAUUUCGCAUCAAGCUCUCCGUUCCCCCUUGGCACACCAACGUCCAGACCGCCAAGUUCCUCCUACAGCAGUGCAUCUGCGUUCAUCUCGAUUCCAACCAGGACAAAUUCAACACACUCGCAUUUAUGGCCAGGAAGCUGUUUGCCUUCAACCAGGGUGAGUGUGCAGCGGAGAAUGCAGACAGUCCCAUGAACCAGGAAGUACUUCUAGCAGGUCAUCUGUACCUCAUGGUGCUCAAGGAGAAACUUGAAGGCUGGUUGGUGAAUCUACGCUAUGCCAUUGAAAAACAAGCCAAGAAGUCAAGGAGAUUCGUGUUGAAUGACGUAUCUCUGAACACGGCUGCGUCCACAGGGCCUGGUGAUCUGACAAGAAAGAUGGAGUACCUCAUAGCAACAGGAAACCUUGCUUCUAAGACAGGUCUUGGGCUGAUGCAGACAUCUGGUAUGACGGUAGUUGCAGAUAAACUCAACUUCAUGAGGUUCCUGUCUCAUUUCCGCUGCAUCCAUCGUGGAUCGUUCUUCGCCGAAAUGAGGACCACUUCUGUCAGGAAACUGCUCCCUGAGGCUUGGGGUUUUCUAUGUCCUGUCCACACUCCUGAUGGUGCCCCGUGCGGCUUGAUGAAUCAUCUAACAGCAUUAUGUCAGGUGGUGAACACCCAACCGCUCACCCUCCCUCUCGUCAAGACCCUCUAUGCCCUGGGCAUGAUCCCCCUCGACGCACCCCUGCCUUGCCCCGUGUCUGGCUGCUAUGAGGUGGUCCUGGAUGGCAGGGUCCUGGGCUACGUGCCUCAGGACAUCGCCACACAGCUUACGUCCAGGCUCAAGAUUCUGAAGGUCAAAGGUCAAAGCGGGGUCACCCCAACGACGGAGAUCGUGCUGGUACCUGUAACAGGCAAGGGAGGUCAGUAUCCCGGCCUCUACAUCUUCACGACGCCCACCAGGCUCUACCGACCCGUCAGGAAUCUUGCAUUGCAGGAGACGGAGUACAUCGGCACGUUUGAACAAGUCUACAUGGACAUCGCAGUGACCCCAUCAGAGAUUCAUGAAAAGACUACUCAUUUAGAAUUGAAUGAGAGCAGCAUACUGAGUGUUUCAGCUAGUCUGACUCCAUUCUCUGAUUUCAACCAGAGUCCAAGGAACAUGUAUCAGUGCCAGAUGGGCAAACAAACGAUGGGUUUCCCCUCCCACACGCUACCUUUCCGCAUCGACCACAAGAUGUACAAGCUGCAGACGCCCCAGACUCCGAUGGUUAGACCGCACGCUUACGACAAGUAUGACUUUGAUGACUACCCCCUUGGAACCAAUGCUGUGGUGGCUGUCAUCUCGUAUACAGGGUAUGAUAUGGAAGAUGCUAUGAUCAUCAACAAGUCUUCAUUAGAGAGAGGGUUUGGUCAUGCCAGUAUCUAUAAAACAGAAGAGAUUAACCUGAGAACCAAGCUAGGAGAAUCAAAGCAUGGACGAGUGGCAGCUGUCUUUGGUUGUGAUGUAACAGACCCCAGACUCAAAGGAAGUAUAGACAAAGAUGGCUUCCCAUAUAUAGGCACAGUACUCCAUGAAGGUGACCCAUACUAUGCGUACACUAGGCUUGAUUCAGGUCAGACGAAGAUCGAGAAGUACAAAGGGUCAGAGGUCGCGGUGGUAGAUAAUGUCAAGGUCACAGGGAAUGACCUCGGUAACCAGGUCUGCCAGAGAGCUUUCAUACAACUUAGAAUACAGAGGAAUCCCAUCAUUGGUGACAAGUUUUCUAGUCGUCACGGUCAGAAGGGUGUAUGCAGCCAGCGAUGGCCGACCGAAGAUAUGCCCUUCACGGAAAGCGGGAUGACUCCGGACAUCUUAUUCAACCCUCAUGGUUUCCCUUCCCGUAUGACCAUCGGUAUGAUGAUAGAGAGUAUGGCCGGUAAGUCGGCAUCGCUCCACGGUCUGUGCCACGAUGCCACGCCCUUCACUUUCUCAGAGGAACAACCCGCCGUGGACUACUUUGGCAAGCUGCUCACUGCAGGAGGAUAUAACUACUAUGGCACAGAGAGGAUGUACAGUGGAACCUCGGGAGUAGAGCUUGAAGCUGAUAUAUUCAUAGGAGUGGUGUACUAUCAGAGGCUCAGGCAUAUGGUAUCGGAUAAAUUCCAGGUGCGAUCAACGGGACCGGUGGACAUCCUGACUCACCAGCCAGUGAAGGGAAGGAAGAGGGCCGGUGGUAUCCGGUUCGGUGAGAUGGAGAGGGACUCGCUUCUUGCCCAUGGAACGUCUUUCCUCCUCCAGGAUAGGCUGCUGAACUGCUCUGACAAAAGCUUGACAAGAAUAUGCACCAAGUGUGGGACUCUCCUGGGCAUCCACCUAGAGAAGCUAAGUGACCGGUCAUCGGACGGGAAGCUGGACCUCCAAGACAUGCUGUCCAGUGCCCAGAGGAAAUGGUUCUGUGCAACGUGCGAGACUUCGGACAAUAUCGAGACCAUUACUGUGCCAUAUGUCUUCCAGUACCUAGUGGCUGAACUUAGCGCAAUGAACAUCAAGGCAACACUGGAAGUGAAGUGAGCACUUUUGACGUUGCCAAUUUAAAUGCUAUGGAGCCAAAGUGAGCACUAUGAACAUUUCCAAUUGGAAUACUAUGGAGCCCAAAGGAGGACAGUUGAUGUUGCCAAUUUUAAUGCUAUGGAGCCAAAGUAAUUUAUAGCUGAACUCUGAAAGGCAUUGCUAAAAGUGAAAAAAGCACAGUGGGCCUUACUAAUUUGAAUGAUUUGCAGCUGAAUUCGGCACAAUUGAUAUUAAUCCAGCAUAGAAAGUGAAGUGAGCACUGUUGACGUUGCCAAUUUGAAAGCGUUGUAGCUGACAUUGGCUCAGUGAAGAACUAAAGCAUCACUAUCAGGGAAAUGUCCCAAUCGAUUUUGCCAAUUUGAAUAUAUCAGUUAAUCCCCCAUAUGAUCUAGAAUGUGUGAACUACAUUCCAUAGACAACCCUAUACAUGUUUUUUUUAAAUGAAGUUCCUAUCUGCAAACUAUUUCUCGACUCCUCACAAUUCCAGGAGCUAUUCUAUCAAGUACACAUAGUAUUACAUCAAAUAUUGACCUUGAAUAUUUUAUGUAAAUUUAUUAAAAUAUAACAACACAAAAAUUACAAUUGAAAUACUAAAAAAAUUGUUUUCACAGUCAAGGUACAUAUUACACAAGUCUAAUAAUUCAAAUUUCAGUGCAAUUUGCCAACUUAAAGGUAUUGAAGAAUGUGAGGAUUGAGUUACAGUUCUGAAUGUAACCGCAUGAGGGGAAAAGAUCUUGCACAUGGCUGCAAUUUUGCUCGUUUUCCAUACCUCAUAAUUUAAUGAUUUCAAGUUUUUAUUUUGAAAGUAGGUUGUAUUUAACAUGCAGUGAGAGACAUCUAUGUUUUAAUCUAUCCUUGACUUUUAUCCCUAGUACAUUUAGUUUACUCACAUACUAAAAUCAUCAAAUAUUGUUUUGUCACAAAACAUAUAAGGAAAAGUAAAUCAUGUAUAAUGACUAUACGAUAAUUGAACACAAUGACUUUAUAAGGGUUUUGUGGAAUUAUCAAAUCCUAUAAUUUGGCAAGCUUGCUUGAAUAUCUAAUAAGUCUUCCAAAACAAAGAAUAUCAUGCUCUUUUUUGUUUAUAAAAGAACAAGUAAUAAAGUCAGUAUUGCAAUACUGAACAAUGAAA